AUGACUCUCCACGAGCCACCUUCGAAACUCAGCCGACAAACAGCUACACUUCUGAGGCCACCAACGCUAAACAAGCCAAUCUUGACUUUUGGUGAUAAUGAUUGCUUGAAAACACCAACUAUCAAUGAUAUGCUAAAAACGCCCACUGUAAACUCACCACGGCACACACCAAUGAGUAUCGACGGAACACCUAAAGUCAGCGGAUUUUCGGGAUUUACACCACAAACGGAUCAGACGUUUUUCGGAGAACAUGAGCCACUGUUCAACCAGUUUGAAAUGCGAGCCGAGUCUUCAUCUACACUCAAUCCGCAGGACAAAAGAGGUGUUCAAUGCUCGGAUCAAUCAACAUCCGAACAGAAGCCUAAAGACAAUUCAUUUGGGGCUCCAAGAAUGUCCAACGGGAUUCAAAAAACGAAACCAGAAGCUUUGAAACUUAAAGAAAGCGAAGACCCAAUGAGAAGUAACCUAAUGGAUUCACCUGGUAUAAAUGUCAAUUUCUCUCCAAUGGUAGAACACUUCCUACAAACUCUCAAUAGCAAGAGUAGCCAUGAUCCAUUGCCAGAGCUGAUGAUGGAAGAGAAGACUCCGCUUUUCGGUCAAGAUCCUCUAGAUUCUAUUAAGUUCCACACAAUUCAACAUCGAAGAAACUCGGAUGACGAGCCACGAUUCACGGAUGCUCUUCAUGUUCCGAUGCUUCCCCGCAAGACCAGUGAGCCAUCACAUCUUGGUUCAUCUCUCCUUCAACUAGAUCAACCAUCAUCAAGUUCUCGUCCAUCCUCGACGAUUCCACGUGUCACGCGGACAGAUACCGCCAACAGUUUGAGAUCCAUGAAUCACACAUCAAUCUCCCCGCACACAGAUGACCCAUAUCUGAAUUCAACAAGCUAUUCAAGUCUUUCAACGCAUUCUUCGUUCUCUGAUAGCACUAGUCUAGCUCAUUUUGAGCCCAAGGUUGAGCCAAUCGAUGACUACUCGUACGGAUUUGCUGAUAGCGGAGACUAUGGGGCAUUUGAGUUCUCGUCGACAUCAGAAGAGUUGAAGAAUAUUGGUUGCCAGAAGAUGAAGGUGAGACAAAAAGUCAUCAAAAUGAGCGAUAAUUUGAAAUUGCAGUCUUCAAAGAUGCCACUUCAGGAUCGACCAUACAAGUGUCCACGAGAGGGAUGUGACAAGCGGUUUUCAAGAAGUGACGAGUUGACAAGACAUAUUAGAAUUCAUACUGGACAGAAGCCAUUCCAGUGCCGAAUUUGUAUGCGUGCCUUCUCCCGAUCCGACCAUCUCACAACACACGUCAGAACGCACACUGGCGAAAAGCCAUUCUCCUGUGACAUUUGCGGCCGGAAGUUUGCACGAAGUGAUGAACGAAAACGCCACACAAAAGUUCACAAAACAACGGGUAAUAGCCAAAAGCAAAAAUCGAGAAGAGGACAUCCUAUGUUUGAUUGA